UCUGGACUAUCAUCAGAACUUCCAGCAAAGCAAGAGCCUCAUAAUCCAAAUAUAGAUGAGGUAUAUGCUGACAACAUCAAGCUGGAGACAAAAGUGGAGCCAACGCCGGGCACGCCUCAGUACAAGCCAUCUUUGCCUUAUGAUGACGAGUUUUUCAAUGAUUUUGCCAGCAGUCCAGCUCCUCUGCCCACGAAGGUUGAAUCUUCAACGGAAAAGAGCGAGCAAAAAGCAUGUUCUUGUCUACCCAAAGUGCGAAUAUACUAUGGAACUCGCACGCACAAACAGAUUGGCCAAGUUGUCAAGGAGUUCUCGCGAUUACCGUAUGGAGGGAUAACCAGGUUACGAAUUACAGCUGUAGUACCUGAAUCUUAA